AUGACUCAUCGACCGCAGCAGGAUAUCGAUCCGCAGGAUUUGGAUUCAAAACUGCAAUCUGUCUCAGACAUCACAAUUGCAAGCAACACCAAGGUCAACGCACGUGCAGCAAAACUUUUGUCUAAUUGCCAAAAGUUCUUUCGUCGAUUACGUCAUUUUCCGCGCAUCCUUCGUAAGGCCAGCCAGAAACACGACAAUGCUGACAAUGGCGGUUUAGAAAGACGAUUGGCCAAGGGGAAAAAGCGUGCCAACGCACAGAAAAUUACCUGCUGUAAGUCUUUUGAGAUGCUUCUCGUCGUGGUGACUUAA